ACCCAAGAGAGCACAUUAACGCCACGCCAGUCUUCCUUACCGCGCCAGCGUAAGCGGGCACGCUGUUUGUUCGUGUAGCGCGCCGUGUGUGUGUGUGUGUUUGCUGUACUGUGCGAGCGGGUGGAGCAGCCACCGUGAGCGAUCCCGCGGAGCAUCGUGUGGGCCACCCGCACCCAGCAUCCGCCACAGCAGUGUGUGGUGUGUUUUCGUACCAGGGUUUUGAUCGCGUGUGCUGUUAACGCUGGAGGUUCCUAAAGAGUGUAUAUAGCAAGAGAGAAAAGACACGCACGAUGGUGAUUUAGUGUGUGCAGUUGUGGCAGCCGACCGUAUUGUGCAGAUCUCGCCCCCUCAUUCUAGCCCCCCCUAAGUGCUUCCCCUUUCUGAUCCGAGAACACGCACAACAGUGGUGAACGAGAUAAACAAGUGCACGCGCGUGUGUGUGUUUAGGAAUAGUGAGUGUGUGAGACAGUGCGAAGAAUUGUUCGUUCGUCCCCUCGUGCCCUGGGGCUGCAUUGACCGCAACGCAUCGCUCUGACGAAGUGUGAUAGAAGAGUGUGUGUGUGUGAGAGCGAGAGAGAGUGAGCAGUGUGCAAAAUCCGUGGUGCUACUGCUGUACUAACCGGCCAUGGCGGCCAGCACCACCACCACCACCACGGUGACACCCUCGUCGUCCUCGACCGGCGCUUCGGCAUCAUCGACGUCGUCCCGGCUGUCGGCCGAGCGGCUGACCAGCCUCGGGACCACCUCGGGCGGCCCCGGUACCCGGCGCCGCUACAUACGCAGCAACACUGCCAGCGUCACCCAGCUGUUGUCGGACAGUUGCAGCAGCAUACUGCAACGAUUCCGCCGCAAUCCGAGCGAGAAGUUGGAGCAGCAGCAGCAUCAGCCGCAGCACGGCCAGACGACGCAACAGAAGCGAUCGCAGUUUCGUGGCUUCAACGAGCUCACGACAUCCGCGUCGACCAGCUCGAUCCUUUCGCACGGAAGCGGCAGCGCGACGGCCACCUCCGACUAUGGCAGCCUCGGGUCGUCUACCGACUCGGUGCACCGGUCGCCAUAUCUGAGCAGCUUCAACAGUACGAUGAGCUCGUACUACAAGCCACUGUUUCGCACCUUCGGCAAACGCUUCGACUCACCGACGGCGUCCAGCGGGGCGUCCACCGCUUCCACGCACCAGCUGCACGCAUCGAGUAAUAGCAGCAGCAGCGGCAGCAGCAGUAUCACACGCAGCAGACGCGAAAGCACAACCGAGGACAAGGACAAGACGCCACUGGUGGUCCCGGGCAAGGCGUCCGGUGCGGCAAGCGGCAACAGCAGUACUGGUGGUGCCGGUACCGGCAGCACCAUCUCGCGCCUUGAGUCCAAGUACUCGGACAUCCUCGACCGGGUGCACCGGCGCAAGGAGCAGGAGGACAAGGAGAAAACGCUCGAACCACCGUCCGGCUCGACGUACCAUCAGCAGCAGCAGCUGCCGCAAACGCAGCGGCUGCUGAACCCGCUCAUGAAAAGCUCCACCACGGCCAGCAUCGUGCGGGACAAAUCGUACUCGAGCGCGAAGGAGCGCACGCCGUACAAGCUGCAGCUGCUGCUCGGGAGCAGCCGCUCGUCCAAGCUGUCCUCCGGCACGAGCUCCACCGGCGCGAUGGUGGACAGCCUGUACGAUCGGAACGGCCGGACGUACGGGGCGGCGGACCGUAGCUCCGGUCUGCGCACGUUCGGAGCGAAGGAAAGCAGCUACCAUCAGCACCAUCACCACCACCAGCAGCAGCAGCACGGCGAGGGAGGCAAGGAGAACGUGUUCAAGUCGAAGUACGAUCCGACCGAGCUGCUCUCGGAGGUGUCGGGCAUGGCAAGCAGCGGCGGCAAGUCGCGCCGCACGAUCAAACCGUACAAGCGCAGCGACACGACCGACAUGGGCCAUCUGCUGCACUCGCACCAGGCCCACCAGUACGGCCAGCCGUACGGCGACGGGUCGCUCGCGGACGGGUCGGCCUUCUCCGCGUCCGCGUCCAGCUUGACCACCAAGAAGGAGCGCCGCAAGAGCACGGCGGGCGGUGGCCGGUUCUUCGACGCGGACGGCAUCUGCACGGUGCCGCUGUCGAGCGACGACGACCGCGACUCGUCCGGUGCGGCCGACGCCACCGACAGCAAGGAUCCGCGGCAGCGGGAGCGCCAAAAUAGGCGGCGGGAGAUCGAAAGCCUGCUGCAGAAGUACGCCCCGCUGGACGAUCCGGGCAGGCAGCAGCUGCUGCAGCAGCAGCCACCGCAGCAGCCGCGCCGAGAGCGCCGAUCGCACGCCACCGUUAAUCCGAGCACGACGGAACGGUCGCCCCGGCUCGAGGACGAUGUCGCGUCGCUGCUGCUCCAGUCCGGCACGGCGUACCAGCGGCAGCGGACCUCCUCUUCCCACGUGCGCAUGUACUACCAGCAACAGCACCAGCAGCACCAGCAGCACCAGCAGCAGCAACUGCAACAGCAACUUUACGGUACGGCCACCACCGGCACCGCUCUCGGGGGCGGGCUGCAGAAGUCGUACACCGUGCAGAACGUCGCUUCCCAUCUGCUGAACGGGGCCGGGCACCAGCUGCACCACCACUACGGCCAGCAGCUACCGUACGGGGGUAGGGCGUACCAUCACCAUGCCGCUCCGGUCGGUGGUUCGAUCCUGCCGAUCAACACGGGCGCCGCCCACGCGUACAACAGCCGCACGGCAGCCGCCCUAGCGGCCGGCGGCACCGGCCUCGUGCAGAACCAGCUGCGCGGUCCCCGAUCGCGCAUCCCCAAAGCGCUGUCCACCUUUAAACAACCAUUCAUCCGGGACGAUGCCGAUGGCCAUCUGAUCUACCAGAUCGGUGAUAUCCUGCAUAACAGAUAUAAAAUACUUGCCACCCUCGGCGAGGGUACGUUUGGACGCGUCGUCAAGGUGAAGGACUUGGAGCGCAACCACGUCAUGGCGCUGAAGAUCAUCAAGAACGUGGAGAAGUAUCGUGACGCGGCCGAGCUGGAAAUUGGUGCGCUGGAAAAGAUCAUGCAGCUCGAUCCCAACCUGGAGCACUUGUGCGUGAAAAUGCUAGACUGGUUCGACUACCACGGCCAUACGUGUAUCGCUUUCGAGAUGCUUGGGCUGAGUGUUUUCGACUUCCUGAAAGACAACAACUACGAGCCAUAUCCGAUCGAGCACGUACGGCACAUCUCCUACCAGCUCUGCUACGCCGUCAAGUUCCUGCACGAGAGCCGCCUCACGCACACGGACCUGAAGCCGGAAAACAUACUGUUCGUCGACUCGGAGUACACCACCACGACGGUCCCACGCAAGAACCGUGAAGUGCGCCGCGUCAACUGUACCGAUAUUCGACUGAUCGAUUUUGGCAGCGCCACGUUUGACGACGAGCACCACAGCACCAUCGUCUCCACCCGGCACUAUCGCGCACCGGAAGUGAUCCUCGAGCUCGGCUGGUCACAGCCCUGUGACGUUUGGUCGAUCGGCUGCAUCAUGUUCGAGCUGUACCAGGGCGUAACGCUCUUCCCAACGCACGACAAUCGCGAACAUCUGGCCAUGAUGGAACGGAUCCUGGGCACCAUCCCUUACCGCAUGGCAAGGCAAACACGGUCCAAGUACUUCCGCUAUGGCAAGCUGGACUGGGACGAGAAGUCUUCCACCGGACGGUACGUGCGGGACAACUGCAAGCCGCUCCAUCGAUGCGUCAUCACCGACAAGCCGGACCACCUGCAGCUGUUCGAUCUGAUUCGCAAGAUGCUGGAAUACGAACCCUCCAAGCGCAUCACACUGGACAAGGCUCUGCGGCAUCCGUUCUUCGCGAAGCUUCCCGCACACCAGCGCCUGCACGAGAAAUUCAUUGUGAAGGCAACGGAUCCGCGGCACCCGGAACCGGGAAGCAAACCGCGACCGCCAAUGCCACUCUCGCUGCUGCCCAUAAUGGCACGCUGGCAGAAGGGCAGCAUUGGCUCAAAGGCCUAGAACGCAGUGGGGAGAGAGGGGAAGGGGAGGGUAUAGAUAGCUGAAACGUCCCCACGACCCACAACACAAAACUAUCGCGAGUACCGGAAGCGAAAACAGCAACAACGUCCCUUAUGAAACACAACACACGCACGCACACGCACGCACAUGAUAUUAUGGUACACACGCUGUAUGGAUGGAUGGUGCAGAUCAAGCGGGAAAGCGAUUUCGUCGGUCAGAACACUGGAAGGCGGAUGACACACAGGGAAUGGAAAACAACUGCAUAAAAAAAAAGCGCGCGGUAAUGUCGUGUGGCAAGCCGAUAGUAGUGUGGUGCCUGCCAAAUUCCAACGCCCGUAACACAUCGCGUUCCUCAGCACGGACCGGCGAGGGAUGUAUACACCCUACAUGUUCCUAUUGUUUAAGAGGAUGAUUUUUGUUUUGCUUGCUUGUAGAAAAAAGGAUGUUAGAAAAGGUUUGUGCAAAGUUCGCCUAUCAUUUGUCUUCCCUAGACGUGUGUGUGUGUACGAGCGCGCACACACACACAUACCCAUGACUUCCGAGCACGGUCGUUAUCCUUUAUCCUUUGGGGCAUUAGUUAUAAUUAGCACACGUGCAUCGAGCUUUGAAAAAAGAAAAAAUAAUAAUGGAAUGAACUAGGAGCAAGGGAGACAAAACACACAAAAGCGCCAUAAGGAGAGACAUGCCCGUAGGAAACGCUCAAUAGAGGAAAACAGGUGGAAAACAAGAGGGUUAGUAAACUAUUGUGGGAUGUCACUCGCUACCGUUACGAUGAGGAAAGCGGUCGGACAAGCCGAGGUGUGCCAUGAAUUCCAUAGUUGUCCCCCAUCCGCAGCAUAAAUCGAUGAAAGGAAAAGCAUCGACAGAUCGUGGCGUGUUAAAUAUUUUACAUAGCGUUUUGCUUUAGGGGUUUGCUUUUCCGUUUGAAAUUUUCCAUGCUUUGCCUAGUAUUUUCCUUUUUUUUUGUCCAACUAUUUGUUUCUCACUUUUCCCUUCCCCUGAACUGAUUGGAGAUCGGUUAACCCUAACGGCAACGGGGCAAACUGUAGAUAAAGCAGUCCGUUUUUUUUUGCUUUUUUUCUGUCGCCAAAAGUGUUAACGAUUAGCAAUCAAAGCGAAGAAAAGCAAACGAAACGCAAGUUGAACGACUAGAUGGCGCUAAUGUACGGGCGGCAAGUGUGUGAUCAUCAACAAUGUAACCAUGUAUAGCAACAUAUUUGUAGGAAAAAGGAGGGUUUCAGAUUUCUGUGUUUUUUUUUUCUUCUUUUUGUUCCCCACAACAAAAGGAAACAAAAAAGCAAAUAAAAAAGCUCCUAUUGUCUUCGCGCGGCACUGGCGGGAGGCACAGGGCGAUACGCCCGAUACAUCGGCUGCAGGAAAAGGGGUUUUCUUUCCCCACAUUGCUCUGUGAAUGAAUUUGUCGACGAGUCUCUUAUGUUCUUAUUAGCAUUAGAAGCGCGGGGUGCGUAAGCUACCCCGCCUGCCCCUCCCCGCGUGGGGGUAACACUCCCAACUCCCAGCUGGUGUGAAAGGUGCAAAAUGCGGCGCAAGCAUCGUAAGCGCUGCGAUGUACAGAGGAGAGUAGGGAGACUAGAUAAAGCAAAUGUGUUUAUAUAGGGAAAAAAACAAACAAACAAACGUGUAAAACACCCCUCUCCCUCUUCCCCUUAAACAACCCUCCCCCCCCCCUCAACUCUGCGAACAAGGAUCUCUCCUAAUCACGCAUCACGUCAUGUUGUGGCAGCACUGUACAAGGUGCAACGAAAUUCUAUUACUGAUGCAGAGAAAAGAAGCAACAGAGGAAAGGAUGCGAAGAAGAAAAAGUGUUAUUUUGCAAAGCGGGAAAGUAUAACGGGCGGUUCGGAAGCAAGGGGAGGAAGGGUGAGAGAGGGGGCAGGGCAGUAAAUGUGACAAAAACAAACAAGGAACAAGGACAUAAAAAAGGAACAGAAAAGAAGAGAGAACAUUAAGAAAACGAUGCAACAAGUCCAAUUUCUAGUGAUUGUUUAGGCAAAUAAGAGAAAAAGAGAGAGAGAAAGAGGGGUCAACCGCAAAACAAAUGGGAAAUGUGAGUGAUUUUGAACAUGUUCGUUUAGUAAAGACUUAUUUAAUAAAAAAAAAUAUUAAGAAAAGAAA